CCUCGUCAGCUGAGCGACGCAUUUCUUCGUGCGCAGGAUUUCCGUCAAACUCAAGCUGUGCGUAAAAUCCUGGAAGAUGUUGCUUUUUGCGCCUCUGUAAAUGGAAAUCUGAACUUGCCGACACCAAGAAAAUGCCUCAAGAUGAAAAGUCAAGUGUGAGGUGGUUUCUCUUUCAAGCGGCCAGGGAAAAGAGCGAGAGAGUUAAAUACCUCAUGAAUACCGCGGGAGACACGCAUCACGCCAUCCGAUAGUGGAGAGGAUAAGGCGCACAGGAGCGCACAGACACUAGACACCAGCACUCCCUCCUUCAACAUGGAUGGCUACUACAAUUCGACGUUGACAUCCGAGAAUGUCAGCUCGUCUCCCCCCCAGCCCAACUCCAACCACAGCUCGGGCGCGCUAAUGCCCUUCAAUGUUUUCACCGCAGUUAUCUACACCAUCGUCUUCAUUGUGGGCCUUCUGGGUAACACCCUGGUCAUCUAUGUGGUGAUCCACUACACCAAGAUGAAGACUGUAACCAACCUGUACAUCCUCAAUUUAGCCUUGGCGGAUGAACUCUACAUCCUGGGAAUUCCCUUCCUAGGCACCAAUAGUGUGCUUUCCUACUGGCCGUAUGGGGAUUUCUUCUGUAAGCUGUGCAUGACUGCUGAUGCCAUGAGCCAGUUCGCCUCCACCUUUUGCCUCACGUUGAUGAGCAUCGAUCGCUACCUGGCUGUGGUUCAUCCUAUUCGCAGUGCCAAAUGGAGGAAGCCACAGGUGGCCAAGAUUUUAAAUGGCAUGGUGUGGGUUGUGUCCUUUCUGAUUGUGCUGCCGGUCACAAUCUAUUCAAAUGUACAGGAGGAGUUGAACGCCUGCAACAUAACAUGGCCUGAGCCGCAUAAAUUGCAGUCCAUUAUCUUCAUCCUCUACACAUCCAUACUAGGCUUCUUUGGUCCUGUGGUCGUCAUCAGCAUCUGCUACCUGCUGAUCGUCAUCAAGGUGAGGUCAGCAGGUGUGCGUGCAGGCCUGACUAAGCGACGCAAGUCGGAGCGAAAGGUGACGCGCAUGGUGGUGAUCAUCGUGUUGGUGUUUGUACUGUGUUGGCUGCCCUUCUUCACUACCAACCUUGUCAACCUAGUUUAUAUCAUCCCUGAGUCUGCUGAGUCUGCUGCAGUCUACUUCUUCCUGGUCAUCCUCACCUACGUCAACUCCUGCGCCAACCCAAUCCUCUAUGGCUUCCUCUCUGAAAACUUCAAGCAGAGCUUCCAGAAGGUGCUCUGCAUCCACAAACCAAAUGGUGUUGGCUCUACAGGCCAGAGUGGAGGUAGACAGACUGCAUCCACGGGAAACCACAUUUCUGUUCUCCCCCCCAGAAGUCACACACAGAAUGGAAAAAUGCAGAGCAUUCAGGAGCCUGUCCAGAUGGAAGUUAUUGGAGACCUUGAGCUUCAAAAAAAUUAGUUGAUUGGCCAGCCAUGAGUUUUCAAGCAGACCCUCCAUGUAUUAGAGUGCUGCAACAUGGGACUUGGAUGAUUUAUUUCUUUUAUGGAUUGGUAUUUCCUGUCUUUAUUGCGGAUCUUCCCUCACUGACGGACAUUUGUGGAGUGGACCGGAGGAGCAAAUUAGGAGAGAAAAGACAGCGUUCAUCCCAGAUCUCAGCAUUCGUGUUUGUUCUUCAUGUCUUUGUACUGUAACUGGGUUGACUGCAUUUUACGAAGCAUCGUUUUAUGUAAAGAUGUAAGAUAUCAGUACAAUGCAAAAUACAGUCAUGAGACUGUAAAAUGCUGUAAAUUCUCCAAUAGCUUUAUUUACCUUAACUGCAGACAAAAAAAACAACCAAACUUUUAUUUUCAAAGAGGGUUUUUCAGUUUUAUAUUUUAUCAUAUUUUAGCAAGAAACCCUUGUUUUCUCAUGUGCUUUUCUUUUAUUGGCUGCUGAUGCUUUUUGCUAUUAUAGUUAACCUGUUAUCUUGAUAAGUUGAUCAGUAUAAUGUACAUUUCCCAGCACUAAGACACAUCUGUUCAGGACGUGUUGAGUUGUCCUUCUGGAAUAAACAAUGAGUGAGAACAGAGUUUCUGUUAUAGCAAUAGAUUGACAAUUUUGGAAAUAUGCUUAUUUACGUUUGCCUGAGAAUUACAUGACAAGAAAGAUACCACUCUCAUAUCUGCCCAUUUAACGGGAUAUAAAGCUACAGUCAGCAAUAGGUUAGCUUAGCUUAGCACAAAGACAGGAAACAACUAGCCUCCAGCCACCAGCACCUCCAAGCAAAGCAAAGAAAUAUGUCUGAUAAUCCCCCAUAAAACAGCGGAUUGUUGUUUUUUUGCUUUAGUACGCGUUACCCAAAGAGAUAAUGUUUGAUAACGCCGCCCGUCAUAUAAAACCGCUCUAACUUCCGUUUCACUGUGACUUUAACGGUCAGACUAUAGAGAGUCGUAUUGAUCUACUCAUCCAACUCUGAGCAAGAGUGUAUUACCCAAAAACCUGUCCUUUUAAGAAGUCAAACUAUGAAGUUAGUGCUGUGGAAAUGAAUGUUAUGCUGAAUUUAUCAUGUGAGCCAUGAUAAUACAGGUAAUUUCCUCCCCCCCGAUCAGUAAUUUUUUUUCACCACGCCCUUUUGUAUGGCGUCAGGCUAUUAUUUGAAACUCAACCAUUAUUCUCUCUUUGAUUUGAAAUUAAAGUAUUUGUGCUUUAGCUAGAGUGAGCACUUAUCUGUCGGUUAAUUGUAAACGUGGGAAGUGUUUUUGAUGGUCAUGACGAAUAUAUUUAUUUUGGCCUGUUAGGUUUUGAUAGGCCUUCUGUGACAUUUUGACUUCAAUGUUACAAAGCUGUGAAGAAAUGCCUUCAGGUAGCUCAGCCAAGUAUUUAUCUCCUCUCUCUCACAUGUCGAAAACAACAUCUGCCGGAGUGGAUGCCACAGUGAAGUAAAGCCACCGUUUAGCUGCUGGACUAUGAGCUUUAACAUGCGGUGCCAGCAUUUUUGGGAAGUUGCUGGACAACACCGAGGCAUCUUCAUAUUGUUAAGACAAGUAAGACCACGUUAACGUGUGUUUAUGGAGAGUGUUUUAAAAAACGACUCGCUAAAAUGGAACUUUAAUAGGAUACCUUACAGGAGAUAUGUUGUGUGUGUUGGAAACAGUGGUAAUUUUAACAUAAUUGGUCAUCAUUAUUAAUAUGGAAUCUUUUCAAUGAUUUUUUUCAAUAUCACGGCAGGUUUAUGUUUCCGACUGAAGCACUUUAUUGCUAUUUCCAGUUGAAACAGAACAGUAUGGCUUAAACCACUUCAGUUUCAUUUUUUUGAUUUUUAGAAAAUUAAGUUUAAAGUAGUUUUAAUGCAAAAGCAGUAAACAAGAAGAAGACAUAUCAGGUCAUUGGACCAGAUGGCUUUCCACAAAAAUACAUUUCCAUAAAAUUCUAAUGUCAGCUAAAUGACGGGAGGCGGUUCAAAGUUUCCCAGUGAGCUGACUUCUUGUUUGUUAUUAAUGGUGGUGGGGGUUUGUUUUACUGUUUCUUUAUUAAAUGCAACCGUGUAAAACACAGUGUGGGGUGCAAAUUGUUUAAAACAUUAUUUCUUUUUAUCUUAAUAAGACAAUAAGGACGUUGAAAGAGUUACUGGUCUCUGUUAUCUUUCC